AGGAGAAGAAGAAGAAGAAGGAGAAUGCACCUGUUCUUUUGUGAUUGCUGCCCUGCCCACUAUUUGACUGGAAGGAGAGCUAUUGCACAAAUUUGUUUGUGCUGUUUCUUUGAUUGUUUUUUUCCAAAUCUUGGGGGACAAUUGUUGCUGCAACAUGGUUUGGUUUCUGAUUCUCAUCUGGUUUGUCCAAGUGGGCAGUGUUCCGAUCACCAAUUUCACAAAUGCUACUACUUCAAAUGCUACUAUCCCUGCCACAGUGGACAAUUCUAAAAACCCCAUCAACAAUUCUACAAAUGUGACUUUCUCUGCCACAGGUUCUACUGCCUCAAUGGGGACACGCCACAAACAAAAUGAUUGGGUUAAAACGCCUGAAACUAGAGAAGAGGACUUACAGUUUGACCUUGCUAUCACGGAGGGAGACAUUCUGGUUUCGGAAGACCGAUUAGCUGUGAAGUCACUUUGGCCUGAGAAUGAAGGCGUCACUUCUAUCCCCUACAAGAUCAACGAUUAUCUGGUGGACAGAAAGGAAACUAUACUAGCAGCGUUCAAGAUGAUUUCAGACCGGACGUGUAUCCUCUUCCACGAAUACACCAAUGAGAUGAACUACAUCGAGUUCAUCUCUGGGACAGGCUGUGCGUCGUAUGUAGGUUUUCAGGGCGGGGCCCAGUCUCUGUACUUCGGUAGAGCCUGUAGCGUGGGGAACCUGUGUCAUGAGCUGAUGCAUGCACUGGGCCUGCACCACGAGCACACACGGCCAGACCGUGACCAAUACGUCACCAUACAGUGGGACAAUGUGGUCCCAGGAAAAGAAGAUAACUUUAAGGUGAAGAAAGGAGACACUCAGGACCUGCCCUAUGACUACGACUCCAUAAUGCACUACGGAACAUACUACUUCUCAUCAAACCGGAACCCCACUAUUGGCUCCAAGAAGAGUGGAGUCCAGAUUGGACAGAGAAAUCACCUGAGCCCCCUGGACAUAACACGCCUUAACAAACUCUAUCAAUGUGAAUAACAAUGCACAGUUUAGCAUUUAUUACACCAUCGAAGAUUUCAACACCGCUGCUGUCGACUGAAGAUUCCAACACAAAUGGCACUGACAUUUUAACUUCUCAACAAUGAAUAAGUUGAACUAGUCCCUUAAAGCUUUCUGACGUAUUAUACGUGUGUUCAGCAGCAGGCAGUAGUUUAAUUUGUCCUGUGUGCUCUUGCUGCCUUGAAUUAGGCCUAUUCCACUGCACUUGUCUUGGAAAUAAAUACAAUGACCU